AGACGAGUUUGGUAGAUGAUAUAGUACAACCAUCUUAGGGACGAGGACAAUGAUGGCAACAACGACUACGACAUCGACAACGUCUACUUGCGACAUAAUUUUGAUUUUUGACAAGUUUAAGUAAUUCCAAUUCUUCUAUCAGUUCAGUUCCUCGUCGAUUUUCCACCAAGAGCAUUGAAGAUGUCUCCGUCCACCGACGCCUGUCGUAACGCGAUUCAUCGGGAAAUUGCGCCGCCUCCUGUUGGCCCUACAAAGCUUGGGCAAUUGCUGAUCUUAGCUUCUGGCAAGCAGAUACCGUUUGAUGCUGGGAAAUACGGUCUAUGUGAAGCCGUUAAAGGAGCUAGGUACUUCUUGGCAGGCUUUAGUGUUCCGUUCUUGAGUGGAGGACCCGGCAAAUCUUCUUCUUCAAUAACGCAGGAUCUUCCUAUGAAAGUAGGACUAUGUCUUCCAGAAGUGUGCACGGAUGAAGCCGUCAAGGAAUUGCUUUUGGGGUUGGGCACAAGUAGCAGCGGAGCAACUAAAAAGGAUGAAGACAAAUCUGAACGUGAAGGAGAAGGAGGGGGGGGUAUUGAACACUUUCUGCCAAAUGUCAAUGACGUUCUUGGAGGUGGAUAUUAUCUUUCUGGCGGAUCGUCUUCGUCAAGCUCAACAUGGAGGUCUUGGAGAGCGUUGGAUACGUGGUCCAAGACCAUGGUGGACAUGAUCAGAGAGCCUCAAGAUGAUACAGAACGAGCAGUACCACAACGAGAGCACCAACAUGGAGAAGAUGUGACUCGAUACCGUUCUUCUUCUCGAGGAUUCAUAGCUUCUACUGGUGGUCCUGGGCCGAAGAUCAGCAAUGUUUCAGUCGUGUGUCCAGAACUCGACACCGUAACAGCUCUCGACGACUGCGCUAUAGCCGGUCUCUUCGCACUAGGCCUCCUAGUUUUGACGAUCUUGCUAGCGACGUUGAGGAUGCACAGAUAUGGUGUGUUGUACGCGAAAUACGAAGCGCGGAGGAGGAAGCAGGAGGGGUUGGAGGAUAUCUUGCUAAGGAGCUUUACUGGGACACCAAUGUUUCCACCAGGCAACGCAGACAGUUUGACAGCGUCGACGAGGACUGUAUGGCUUCCGUUGCAUACCCUUGAUGUUCCUCCAAAAGUUGUGAACAACAUAUUUCAUGGUGACGAUUAGGAUUAUGGAAAUGGAUUUAGCGUUACUAUUACUUGGUUUAUAGAAUUCUAUUUCUACGAAGCGCCUGUAUCAUGAAGCUAUCUAGGCGAGCAGUUAUAACCCUAACACGUCCCAUCUUUCAUCACCCACGACGGCUCUCGACACGACCGAAGACGAAACUUCUACGACUAUAUCCUCUGCCCCUUCUCCUUCGACGGAAAACGGAGAUGGGAAACCUUCUUCGAACACGUCAAAACAGCCUUUAUUGGUCGUCCCUGGGCAGCAGAUUCAGAGUAGAGUGGAGCAGCGCGUUGCUGAACAACGAAAUGCUGAAGAGACGUUUGUACUAGAACCUAGUCCUGCGAUGGCAGCAACUAGACCAAGACCACCAACGAAGCAACCUUUGUGGUGUCGCGCAUUUUCUCUUGUCGGAAAGAGCGGAACAGUGACAAAACUAUUCGCGGAUGGCGGAAAUAAAAGUGCGGCAGGAGGAAAUGCUGUAGGGGGAGGAGGUAUAGCUACUGCUUCGUGGUCGUCGCACUUGUCAUCCGCUUCUUCAUGAGGCGGCAGCUGUUGCAGUAGUCAGGCUCUUGCAGUGGUGCGCGUUUCUUCAUCGCGGCGGCCCACAUGAAAGAGGGCCCGAAGGCGUGCAACUUCAACAGCCGCCGCGCCAUGAGGUAAGCGCGCGCGCCCAAACUUUCGGAGCUUCGGCUUGGCUUGGUCUUCGUGCUGACCUAGCGUCAGGCCUAGCAUGCCAAGCAACAUCCUGCAGCAGUGGGAAGUUCUUCAAUCAGCUAACCACCUGCCAAAAUGUCCUCCGAUGGGCGGAGCCUCUCUUCUUGUUGCGGAGCAGACUUCUGCUGUUGCCGAGCGCGGCACUGGACUUGUCGAUCUUUCUGGCGGGGGCGCUUAUGGGGGGGGCAGCGUUUGUCUACUGUGCCAGCGCCACCGCAAAAGCUGGCGGCGUUCAAGCUCACUUUCCGACUACCUGGCGCCUAUAACUAAAGCGCAAGAACUCCGAUGGGGAGCUACUAGAGGACUCCUCGCCAAAGGAGUCCAUGAGAUGAGCAAGGUCUUGGACAAGGCAGGGAUACCCGGGGACUCCGCAACGACUGCCGCAGCUGAAUCGCGUCGGCCGCCGUACUGUUUCCAGUGGAGUCAGAGGCUGCAGCCCCUGAGCUUCGCGGCCAGCAAUUUGCGGCAUGCAGCACGUGCGCCGGAUCCAUCGCGGCUCUGCUCCGCAAUGCAAUCGCGCCAAGCUGCAACUCACAGGCGUGCGCAGAGAUCCACCGACGCAGGGUGGCUGCGAUAGGUCUCUCGCCGCGUGGUGUAUUGCUUCACUCUUGGGUCCUUAUCAGUGAGCAAAAGCGUAGGCUACAAUAGAAUGCAGCAGCCCGCCGGGCGUCCCCCUGGUUUUCGGCGACGACUUGCAGAACGUGAAGCAGCAACCCACUCGCGCGCACAGGGUAGGGCUCGGCUCUCGGUGCAGGCUUGCUAACCUCUCCAGUGAAGAAGUCUGCGGCCCGCCGGCCGCAGAGAUGGGCGCACUGACGACGUAGCACGUGGGUACCGGCGGCCUCUCUCGCGCUCGCAUGCUGUUGGCUAUAAAUAUCACUAAGAUGAAAGGGAGGGCAGCGCCAUUGGGGAAGCCGGUCCUUUGUGAUUGGUGUGCUGCCAAACCAAACAAGUUUUGGCCUAGUACUACUUCGCUUCCCAUCACACAGGGCAUGCGACGAAUUUGGCGCAGCGGAGACGAUAAGGAUGCGCAUGCGGAUGAUCUCAUCUCCGAGCGGUGGGCGUGCUUUGCAAGGCGGUCGCGAGUCCUUUACUAUUACUCCGGUGCCUCCCUUGCAGACGCAGUAAACUACUGCCUGACCCAUAUCGACCCAAGUGGCUGGCUUGCAGAAUCCAACCACAUGGCUACCCACGUGGCGCGGUGGCUUGGCUUGACGUGCCGGGAGACGGGAGGCCGACAGCGCUACGCGCGCGAACUUGCCUGGAAGGAUUUUAAGGAGAGGGCCCAGCCCAUGGCGGCGGUUAUUUGCUGCGACUAUGACAGGCGAGAACGAGAGAACGAACCAACAGGGUGAGGAGCAUAGGUGCGCCGGGUGUUCCACUGCUGGGAGAGAGAGAGGCAGGGCCGCGCGGUGAGCUACACCCACAGGAGACAGACCGCAAGGGCAGCGGGCUGCUCGCAUACUUACUUGGCGGGGGGCCUUGGCCUGAAGUGGCAGGGCUUGGGCAACAUUAGGACGCGGAAGCGGCUCUGCCGCCUCAUGUUCUUCGCGCACGUACAUCGCUGCGCGGGAGAGAUCGCGGCAAACGUGGCGCCGAGAGACGCCCCGCGUGCCACGCUUUCUCUGCGGAGGAACAGCCGCGCAGCUUCUACUUGCUCGAGUCGAAGGGACACGGCAUGAAUGGCACUAGCAGACGAGAAGCAGCGCCACCUGGAGCACGGGGGACGGGGAAGGUGACAGACGGGGGCCGGCGGCGGUUUGCGUCUCCCGUAGGGGGUGAGGCCGCGGCGCACGAUGUUCAUGUCGCCCGAUUUUCUUGGUGCCUUGCCUUUGCUUUUUGUGUCGGGCUGACUCGUCGAGGGGUGAGAGCUUCCCUUGUGUGUGGGUCUUUGUGUGGUGCAUUUCUGGCUUCUCUCAUGGUGGAAAGACAUAGCACACAGAGUCAGAGACAGAGGGGGACGCGCUUGGAGCGGAGUCCCAUCAGCUUGCGGGGCUGGCUCGAAGCUGCAGUGGCUGGCCCUGGGGCUGUGCUGCUCGCAGCGGUGCCCCCCGGCUCGUCGUUGGCGCCCUCGUCUGGUCUCCUGCUCCUCGGUGGGUGUGUAGCUAGAUGGCUCUGCUGCUUUUGCUUCGAGCCGUACCCUGUGUCGCCGUUAUUUUGUGCUUUCAUCUGAGGCGGGCUGUGCUGAUGCUAGUACUGAUUAUUAUGCUUUUGAGCACGCAAGAGGUUCUGCGUCUGCCCCGGCCGCCUCUUGGCUUGUUUUUCACGACUGAGCAUAGACAAUGGCCCCCGCCCCUCGGCUGAGCACUAAAUAACAAUAAGGUAGUCCUUUCCCCCAAUUCAUUACAUUUGCAUAUGCAUUUGAUCACUCAUCGAGCCCUCUCAAAAAUCUUCUCCAGCAACUACUCGCAAAGCCACCGAUUGUUUGAACGGAAUGCGUGUCCUUUCGAUGCUUUGGAUCAUCCUUGGGCAUACUCUUUUAAUGCCAGAGGGAUUAACCGGGUAUACCAAUCCCGAGGAUGUGGCCAGUGUCAUGAGAGCAUUUGCACAACAAGGGGCUUUACAUCAUCGGGAAAACGCUUCCCUUGAGGUUUCUCGGAGCGUGGAACUUGGAGUUGCUCCACCUGCAGCAUCCUCUACUUUUCCGCUAAGCGCAACAAGUAGCAGGAACAACCUUAUCGACCAUGACUUUUCAGCAGAGACGAGUCCUUUUUUGCUCUUUGUUCUAGCAGCUGACUUUGGCGUUGACAGCUUCUUCUUCAUGAGCGGCUUUCUCCUUAGUCUCUUGCAAUUGAAGGAAAUGCAGAAACGAGAGACGACGUCCGAGGAACAAAGUGGAGGUGGAGCAGAUCAAAGAAGUGUUAUGAAGAAGAUAAAGGGACCUAGUUGAGUUCAUUGCUCCAUGUUGUGAUAUGCUAUAUAGUUGGACCGUGGCUAGUUUUGGAGGUUAUACUUGAUAGUCUAUCUUCACUCGGUGUUCUUGCUCUUCUUUUUAAAAGGUACAAGUCGGCUGAACGACCUCACAUCCAUUUGACCACAUGGACCAUGAGGGAACACGACUACAUGACAUUUAGUUAUAGCUUUACAUGUACUAGUGCCUUUUGUCGUGCCACUACACACAACUUCCUCUCUAAUGUGAUUGUAAUGGUAAAAAUUACCUCCUUGUUAUAUGAUAAUUUUAGAAGAGCAAACCUAUGAAUAUACAAGAUAGAUAACUUCUACGAGUUUUAGAGUCUACGACCUUGCUUCUAAGUAGCUUCCUUGCUUCGUCUAAUAUACCAGGACGGCCCUUGACGAAAUCCUGUUGCCAAAGACUCCGUAGUUCUAUCCAAAGGUGGCUUUUCCAGCUGAUCCAACGAUACAUCCGCCUGACACCUUCUCUGGCGUUCGUCCUUUUACUCUACUACAAGAUCUUGUACUACUACGUGCCCCGAGGUCCAUUCACUGUGGCCUUCCAGCGCAGUGUCUCCGAAAAAUGCGAUGCCAACUGGUGGAGCGAGCUCACGUAUACAUUAAGGCUAGAAGAAAUCCAUCUACUUCACAGGCAUCCUGAGACCGUUUUCAAGGGGAGAAAGGUCCUCGGAUGCGUCUCAAGAUGGAUUUCUCUUAGUCCUAAAUACAGUGAAUUUCAUUCCCUUCGACUCGAAUCAAGUGUGUAUGGGCUGGACCUGGUACCUGGGGAAUGACAUGAUGUUUUUCGCGGUUGGGUCCAUUGUCGUUCCGCUCUACUUCCACAAACAUAAAUUAAGGGAUCAUGGAAGUUGACCUAAAAACUAAGUAUCAUAUCAUCUAAGAGCAUCUCUAUGUUGGCCGUUUUCUUCUUCUACCUCAACCUCUAAACAAACACGCGCUGUUGCUGCUCCUCGGUCUUCUCGGAAUCUGCAUUGGCGUCACGACUUACUUGAUCUUUCACUACCAUUUGGGUCCUUACAUUUUCGAUCGGCAUUACGUGGAUUACUCCUACUACGCGUACUCCAAGCCAUACUGUAGGAUAGGCGCGUAUCUGAUUGGCAUUGCCACGGCUUGGCAUGUGCUCGCGGUGGAGCAUGAACACGCAGUGAAUAAGCGGUUGCAAGAACAAUCAUGUCGAACAAUGUUUCUACCAUCUUCUUCUAAUGGAACUACAGGAACUACACCUCCAACUACAGGAACACCUCCUCCAACUGCAUCGUCCUCCCAAGCCCAAGCCCAAGCACUACAAACAAGGAAAAGAAGACACAGCUCUCUCUACUUCGGUUCCCGUAGGGCGACUUUCUUCUUGCUUUUCGGCAUCGCGACGAUCUUGUUUCUGUUAAAGCUGUACCUAAUACAUCUUUGGGCGCAUCCUUGAAACGUAUGGAGGAGCAUCUAUCCUAAGGGAGUAACGCUCUCCCAUAAGUACUUUUCAAGGAUGCACUUGAAAGAUGAAUUACGGACAGCUCUAAUUCUGAUCCUAGUCCCGUCUACGGACGCCGGCGAGAAGAAAAAUAGCUGGAACGACUUCGCGUCCAAUUUGAUGCUGAACCUUGGCCGCAUCGGAUGGGCCUUUGCAGUGGGGAUAUUCACGACCCACUGCUAUUUCGGGAAGGCCCCACUUUUAGACUCCAUCUUAGGACAUUCCUUUUGGCUUCCGGUCACGCGCCUGUGCUAUGGAGCUUAUCUGUGCCAUCCUUUGGUGAUCAAGUUUUUCGCUGCAGCAGCGUCACAGUUUUAUACGUACUCUGUGCAUGCGGUUUUUUAUGGAAGGAUCCAGAUGAGCUAGAAUAAAUUUACAAAGCCUAUAAAGAAGGGAAUAAUAUUCUUACUAGAAGAUCAUGUUCUUAUAAGAUGAGGCUCCAAAUCGAUAAAUAAAAAUGUCCUUGUAUGUACUAGCCUCAUGUUGUACAACUGCUGGUGGAGGCAAGAACAGGCUUCAAAGUUACUAUACGAAAAUGACAACCAAGGUUUGCAUCUUUCUCCUCAAAACCCCUCUAAUCCAAAGGCCAAUGGAUUUUGCAUGUGGUCUUGUCCUUUGCCUUAUCCGUUGUGGUAUGGUGCCUAAUCGAACGACCUGUAAUUACGAUCGCGACAGAGUUGUUAACCUCUGAGGGAUGAAAGGGGAAGUGACUGGAUUCCUGGCAACAUUGGAUGCGAAAGUAUGUUGGCCUUUUCUUCAUCUGUAACUUGUCAAUCCUCUAUGCGAAUUUUCCAAUUCCAACACUGUCGGCAGUCCUUGCCUGGCAAGCACAUAGGCCUUUCAAUGAUCUCCAUCGUUUCAUAGUGUCUGAAGAGCAAAAAAAAAAUAUAUUUUCAAUGACAGGAAUCACAAGUGAACUUGCACCACCUCGUGCAGUGGCACUUCUUGCCUGUAGCGAUUGUAAUCGAAGUGAUGAAUCUACUCAAACUGAAUGAAAUGGGCAUUCUUAUGGAUCCCGCAAGAACGUCAAUGCACCGGAAAAAGAGCUGCAACGACCUGCAUAU